AUGAAUAAGAAAUCACAUAAGAAAAAGCAAAAGAAGCGCGGGAAAGGCGAUGGGAGGAAUAAGGAGAACCUUGCUGAAGACGUCACAGUUAAGGAGCAGACUGAAGAAGCUCAACCAUUAUCCUCAACACGGAAGGAUAAGCUGUGUUACGAAGUGAAGCGCUCCGAUAUUAUGGGCAGAUACGUAGUGGCGACUCGUGACAUCCGCGCUGGAGAAGUCAUCAUUGAAGAACCGGCGCUGGUCGUAGGCCCUUGCAGCGGCUGCGCUCUCAUCUGUCUCGGCUGCUACCGAGAACUUGAUGAAGCUGCUAUUGUCCAAUGCAAAGGAUGCAAGUGGCCAAUGUGCAGUGAAUCCUGUCCAGGGAAAGGCAAAUAUACGGGACAUUCCUCCUACGAGUGCAAAACAUUGAAGAGCAUCCCACCUGAUUACAGUAACCUUGAAGAUUUGAAAGAUUCCUACCAAGCUUUAACUCCUCUGAGAUGUUUGCUAUUGAAAACAGAAGAUCUGGAAAAGUGGAAAGCAGUAUCAACCAUGGAGGCUCAUAACGAGUUGCGACGAGCUAGAGGCGAUAUCUGGCCCAUGAAUGAGAAAAACGUAGUGCAAAGGAUUAAAAAGUGGGGGCUCAAAUACGAGGAUGAAGAAAUACACACAGUAUGCGGAAUACUAGAGGUAAACGCGUUCGAAGUAGGUGGCAGUGGUGCGAACGCACGGGCUUUAUACGACAAAGCAUACCUCCUUGCUCACGACUGCACCCCAACAACCACGCACACUGACGCAGAAAAGAAGGUGGGAAGACCCCUCACGGUGCGUGCUUCCAUUCCGCAUAAAGCCGGUGACCUGAUCACAUUGUGCUAUGCUUAUACGUUGCAGGGUACUUUGAAACGUCGGGAACACAUCAAAGUGAGCAAGUUCUUCGAUUGCUCGUGCAAGCGUUGUGCAGACCCAACUGAGCUGGGAACUUACUGCAGUGCAUUCCGUUGCCCCAAGUGCGGUGCCAGAGUGUUGUCUACUGCGCCAUUGGAACCUCACGCACCUUGGCGAUGCACUGAUUCUGGGUGUAGUUACACUAUGCCUGCCGUGGCAGUCCAAAUGUUACUUAAGAGACUGUCGGAUGAAUUUGAACAAAUAGACGCGAAUGACGUCCCUGGCUUCGAGAGCUUCCUGCACAAAUACCGCAACGUCUUACACGACGCGCACUAUCUAUGUCUGUCGGCACUGCAUUCGCUCAGCCAGCUGUACGGAAAGGUGACCGACUACAUGAUACACGAGAUGACCGACCAGCAACUGAACAGGAAGAUUGAAGUAUGCAGGGAGUUGAUGAAGGUGUUCGAUUUUAUUGAGCCAGGAUAUUCCAGGUUAAGGGGGAUAACCUUAUAUGAGCUUCACGCUCCGCUCAUGGUGCUCACUACAAGAGAUUUUGAGAAGAAAGCAAUUUCUAAAGAAAAUUUACGUGGCCGUCUUAAAGAGAUUGUAAGUUAUCUAACAGAAUCGGCGUUAAUUCUUGGCUUCGAGCCUCCACAAUCAUCCGAAGGUCUGAUGGCGACAGCAGCAAAAGAUGCACUGAAGAAGAUUAAGACCUGGGAACAAAUCAUUGGCAAGAUCUCGUGA